AUGCAAACAGAAAAUCAUAAAAUGCCGAAGAAAUCAAUCGGAAACUUGAUGCGAAGAAGACUCUCCGAUAUCACAAAUUCUUCUCACUCUCAACAAGAAAACAAUAAUCAUACACUCAUUCUCGAUAAUAAUUGCAUUCAGCAACUCCUAAAGGAAAGAGCGAAUUUGAUCAACCUUCUUGCUGACAGAAAUAAAAUGAUAGAAAGGAAUGGAGCUGAAUUGCAGAGACUGAGAGGUGAUAUGAAGAAGCUUCAAAUGCAAAACUGGAAUCUUGCUCAGUCUAAUAGUCUCAUGUUAGCGGAACUUAACUUGGGGAGGGAUAAGAUAAAAACACUGCAACAUGAAAUUUUUUGGAGGGCUGCUUUGAUUAAUGGAAAGGCCUUCGACAUACAGGAAAAAGAAGAGAUUGACUCUGAGAAGAAUGUGUCAUCAUCACAGUUACAGGAAGGAGAUGAAAAGGAAGCACUGCAAUCCCCUAGAACUAGCAAUGAUGAAAAACAAUGUUGUUUGAAUAGGAGACGUAUAAGGAGUAAAUCUACUGGUUCUUCAACCGUUGCCACAAAAAACACAAGCAAAGAAAAGAGUAAAGACAGAAGACGUUUGAGAAGACAUUCUGCUACGUCGAAGGUCCAUGAACACGAACCUCUAGAAAAUUUAUUUGAGAUAGAGGAUGCUCAAUACGCUAUUACUCAAUCGGGAUCAAACAAACUGAGUACUUCAGCUGUAAAAACUGAAAGAAGAAUAAGUUCUGAUUUAAGAAAGGAAGCUCCAAGGCAUUCUUUUGGAAGACCACUGCGAAAGGCAGCUGAGAAGGUUCCAUCUUACAAAGAGAUUCCUCUAAAUGUCAAGAUGAGAAGGCUAGCAUAA